AUGGACCAAGCCGUGAAGCAUGAAAUGUCACACUUCGGUGGAGAGCGCAGGCCUAGAAACCGGAUCAAGCGCAACGUUUUCACGGUCCACAACCGCUCGUACAAGCCUGGUCACUAUGCUCCCACUGAGCAGACCAAGGAAGGUCCUGUGUGUUACCACUGCGAAAAGUCGGGUCAUUUCAAGUGCGACUGA